CUCAGGAUUCUUGUAAAUCACGGAAAACCCUUGUUUCCUGUUUUCUGUUUCCUGUUACCCAAUGCAUUUCUGCUCUGUCUCUCCCUCCCUGUGUUGGUUUGGUAUAUUUUCUGCUGAGCCCAUUAGAGACAGGCUCCUUUGUUCAGGAGAUCAGACGAAGAUCUGUCCGGAGGGAAAGCCAAAGCUAUUGGAACAUUCAGGAGUCUACAAGAUGAACAUGUCUGCAGCAAACCUCGUGAAUGUGUCUGGGAGUACUCAGUCAGUAUCUGCCGGCUACAUUGUUCUGGAUGUCUUCUCAUAUUUGAUCCUUGCAUUCACCUUUGUCCUUGGAGUGCUGGGCAACGGGCUAGUGAUCUGGGUGGCCGGUUUCCGCAUGGAACGCACCGUCACCACCAUCUCUUACUUGAACUUGGCCAUUGCUGACUUUUGCUUCACCUCCACUUUGCCAUUUUACAUCACCAGCACGGCCAUGGGAGGACAGUGGCCAUUUGGUUGGUUCAUGUGCAAGUUCAUAUAUACUGUAAUAGACAUAAACCUAUUUGGAAGUGUCUUCCUGAUUGCCCUGAUAGCACUGGACCGCUGUACUUGUGUCCUGCAUCCAGUCUGGGCUCAGAACCACCGCACUGUGAGCCUGGCCAAGAAGGUAAUCAUUGUACCCUGGAUUUGUGCAUUUCUCCUUACGUUGCCAGUUAUCAUUCGUGUGACCACAGUCCCUAAUAGACUUGGACCAGGGAAAACAGCUUGUGCUUUAGACUUCUCCCCCUGGACCAAAGAUCCUGUAGAGAGGAAUAAAGUGGCCAUCACUAUGUUUACUGUCAGGGGAAUCAUCAGGUUCGUCAUUGGGUUCAGCACUCCCAUGUCCAUUGUUGCCGUCUGCUAUGGGUUGAUAGCCACUAAAAUCCACAGGCAAGGCCUGAUUAAAUCCAGCCGUCCCUUGAAGGUUCUCUCUUUUGUUGUGGCUGCCUUUUUCCUCUGCUGGUGCCCAUUUCAAGUAGUGGCCCUCAUAUCCACAAUCCAAAUCCGUGAACGUUUGAAAGGCAUGACUCAAAGCAUUGCAAUUGCUUUGAAAAUCACAAGCUCCUUGGCUUUCUUCAACAGCUGCCUCAAUCCAAUGCUUUAUGUCUUUAUGGGCCAGAACUUCAGAGAAAGACUAAUCAACUCCCUACCUGCCAGUCUAGAGAGGGCCCUGAGUGAGGACUCAGCUCAGACCAGUGAUACAGACACCAACUUGGGGACCAACUCUACUUGAUUUUCUGAAAACACUGUAAAUGCAAUGUAAAAAAAGGGGGGGCUGUAAAGCCCAUCUUCGGGUGCUUUGAGUUCCACUGUGCUAUAGGUGUUCUCUGUUGACCUUCAGGUUACACGCUCAUUAGGAAAACUUAAAAUGACCUUUUAGACUUUUGUGCCUCAACCCAAGGUGGUCAAAAAAGAAAAAAUAACAUACACUUUCUUGUUAGUCUGAAAUAGUUCCAAAUGACAGUUAGUACUAUAGUGUCAUUAAUAACACUGUCCACUUCUAGCUCACUCACAGGCCGUAAAUUCACAAAUUCUCCUAAGUGUCCUUCUGCAGGAAAUCGGUAUAUGUUCCCUUUGGAAAAUGAAGCCAGAAGGGGAAAAUCUUCUGUCCCUUGAGCUAUCAACAGCCUGAUCCCUUUUAUUGCAGUAUCUGGUCUAUCUGUUGCCCCCCAUGAGACAACUGUUUUCACUUGUGGCUCUCACUGUAGCUACAACCAAAUUUGUAUAAUUUAUACUGUAUCUGGCAUUUGGGGUACUUGCUCCAAAGAGAAUGAACCCAGAAUAAAACUUUUGUUUCCAAUGGCAGUGGCAGUGAAUAGGUGUCAUAUCCCAACACACACACAUACACACCAACAUUUGAUGGCAUUUGGGUUCUCUGAUCUUGACCAUUCUAACUUCAGUAAAGUGAAAUCUCAUAGUACUUUUAAUUUUCAAUUUUCUGCUGGCUAAGGAUUUUGAAUAUUCAAUUAAAUGUAUUUCAGCCAUUAGUAAUUCAUCCUUUGACAAACCUCUUGUCUUUUCUAUUGCCUGUUUAUCAUUGUGUGGUAUUGAGUUAUUUAGGGGUUUUUGGUAUAUUUUAGAUAAUAUCCCUCUGUCAGUUGUGCCAACAACCAGCCUUGGCUUGGAAAGGAAUUCUGAGAGAAGGAGUGUCUGGGACCUACAAAAAGAAUGACUUGAAAUCAAACCAUGGACCCAUACUGACAACCUGUGUUCUGCUUGACACAACUUUUCCAGUCUGCUUCUCUCUCUCUCUCUCUCUCUCUCUCUCUCUCUCUCUCUCUCUCUCUCUCUCUCUCUCUCUCUCUCUCUGUUCUACUUUCUCUCUGGAGAUCUUUAUGUCUUUAUUUUGCUUUCUUGCUAUUCUAAGAGAUUUCUUUGUCCAUGUCCUGGGUGUGUGGAAUAGAAUUGAAGACCCAGAAAUGAACCCCCACACCUAUGGUCACUUGAUCUUUGAUAAAGGAGCUACAACCAUCCAGAGGAAAAAAGAUAGCCUUUCAACAAAUGGUGCUGGUUCAACUGGAGGUCAGCAUGCAGAAAAAUGCAAAUCAAUCCAUUCUUAUCUCCUUGUACUAAGCUCAAGUCCAAGUGGAUCAAGGACCUCCACAUAAAACCAGACACACUGAAACUAAUAGAAAAGAAACUGGGGGAGAGCUUUGAGCACAUGGGCACAAGGGAAAUUCUUGAUCUUAGAGCAUAAGCUAUGCAUGUGUGUGUGUGUGUGUGUGUGUGUGUGUGUGUGUGUGUGUGUGUGCUCCAAGCAAUUCUCUCUUUUUAUCCUAAAGAAUUCUGUGGAUAGCUCAUCUCCUGCAAAACACAGAUGCAGUCUUUUAUUUUACAUGUCAAUCCAGUCAUUUACUCCAGGUUUUUCUUUUGAUUAUUUUGUGAAUCAGCAUCACAUGACCCCAGAACUUUGAUUCUUAGGAGACAGAAAGUAUACAUUUUUUUCUUAAGAUUGCAAAAGAAUUCAGAGAUCUGUCUUCCAUUUUUAAGCACAGAUGAUAAAUUAGUUGAGUGGGACUCUGACCUGAAAUGACCAUAUCUACCUCUCCUUGGCCUGGAUUUGCUGUGUCCCAGGCUGACCUUGAACACAGAAAUCUGCUUGCCUUUGUAUUUUUCUGUCAAGCUGGCUUAUUAAUCCCACUGCCUUUGUUAAUUUGGAUUCAUGAAGUCCCUCAUAAUUCAUACUGCAUCCUCAUAUUUUGUGUGGUUAGGAAAUUAGACAUUUUCAAACUCAUGUAUUUAGAACUCUUGUCCAUGGUCUCAAGGGCUGUAUUGAAGGUUCCAGUGUUUACCAUUUUGCUGAGAAAUAGCCACACCCUCAACUCCUGGACUGGUGCUGUUUCUAAUUAUCAUGGAGUCAAUAAUAUUAACAGGGAGGAUAUUCCAUAAAGGAAUGUGAAAUAUAUACAUUAUUAUACAAACAUGCCACAACCCACAACAGCCAUCCACACUCCACACUCAUGGAAGCUCAUACCAGAGCCCUAUCUCAGGGUCAGGAAGUAGGCAUUCUGUUCCCACCAGGGCUACUCUAGGAUAAAGACCUAUUUUUAAAAGGUCCUUUCCUAUGCCAAUGGGUUCACCUGUAUUUUUUGCCUUUUCCUAUAUCAGAUUCAGGGCAUCUCACCUAAUAUCAUGGUCCUUGAUCCAUUUUGGUGCUGAAUUUUGUGCAAAGUGAGAAUAAGGAUUAAGGGUUUUUUUUUCUACUACAUGUAGCUAUCAAGUUUAACCAGCAUCAUUUCUUGAAGAUACCAUCUGCUGCCAUGUGUACUAUUGGUCUUUUCAUUAAAUAUUAAUGUAAGGGUUGGAAAAUCACUGAAGGAAGACCCCAUACUCAAUAGUAUGCAAACACAAAGAGCAUUUAUUCUGCAGAAAUAACCAGCACGCAGGGGUCAAUCAUUCUUUGAAAUGGCAACCCCAAACAAAUGUGUGCAGUCCUUAUGGAAACCAGAAGGAACUCUCUAGAAGGACUAGGUAACCUAAGGUUUUAUGGGUGGGUGUUAGGGGGUCACAGGUGGUCCAUAGUCUGCAUUCCUAUGUCAUAAACCUUUAACCAUAUGAUUAUAUGGGCUGCCAGAACAGAUGGGCCAUUCUGAGAUAAGAUAUUUCUCCAUUUUUGUGAUUAUGCCAAAGCCAUCUUUGGGAAGAGGUUUUAUGAUCUUGUUCUGGGUUUUAUGGUCUGUCCCUGGAGCUCGUGCCAUGCAGCCUUUUUUUUUUUUUUUUUUUUUUCAAAUCAGGCCUAGUCCUUAAAUGGAGGCAAAUGGGGUCCUUACAAAAAGAAAACUGGGGCUUAUGUUGUGCUUUCAAUUACAAUGUUGGGUGUGUGGACUUAUAUCUGGAUUCUCAGUCCUAUUUCAGUGAUCAAUGGGUUUGCUUGGAGGCCAGUGUCAUGAUGUUUUAUUGAAUGUAUAGAUCUAUACCACAGCUAUGUAGUGCUAAAAGGUGCUAUUCACACUAUGAGAAGAGAAAAAAAAUCACCAGUCUUACCCAUUUGUGAACACUGGGAUCUGUAUUAACAACCAUCUUGGCAAGACAUAUCCAUUGGUGCAAUACUGGCAUAAACAUCAUGGAAGUAAUCAACUACAUUCUUAUUGGAUUUAAGGCCCACUCCACAAAUCCAAACCCCUAUCUGCCACCACUAUUGGAGGCAUUAUCCUAUGUCUAGGGAGCUCAGAAGCCCUAGGACAGAACUUUCUACCCUAUUCUUCUAAAUAGACACAGUGUUAACAAACUAGCAAUGAAUAUCACUCACUCUAUAUAUAGAUUAGCAUAUCCCUCAACUCCCGUAAGAAAAGCUUUUAUGUCCUGGAGAUAAUAAGGAACACAGAGACCCACAGUUGGUUAAGGUGUAGAGAAUAAGAAACUAAUAAAUGCUCAACCCUAAAUGGAAAAUAUAUAUAUCACACACAACCCUUCCAAGGUUCAAGGAUAAUCACUUGGGUUAUAACAGUGUGAACAAUACCUGUGCAAACCCAAAACCAUAUCAUAUUCCAGUAUGGAAAGAAGAAAUGACCUUGAGUACCUAGCUGAGGAUCUAUUGACAAUUGGAAACUUAUGGGUAUCCUUUUUUGUGCAUGUGGUAAAGAUAUAACUUUUGGUAGAUCAACAAUACUACACUGGAAGGCCAUGCAUCAAAAAUUAUGCAGGAAGCACAAACUGUAUUGGAUGGGGUUUUAUAAAAAAAAAAAAAAAUGAGUAUGCCAAGCUGGGAAAGCAAGGAAGUGGGGGGUAGAUCUGGGAAGAGUUAGAUGAGGAGAUUAAUAUAAUUAAA